AUGGCUAUAGCCCACCAAUGUGUGGAUGGCUCAGUGAUCCUUUGGGACAUACGUGAUCUGACCGUGAAAGAGCACAAGACUUUGCGGGUAAACAUCGCGUUUGAUUACGCAUCACAUGUUGCUUGGAGUCCAGAUUCAAAAGCCUUCGUUGUGCACACAGUGAGGGACAAUAACAUCGUCGUUUAUAAGAUCGAGAAGAAAAAAGAUGGUACAAUAGGAUCGGCAACACCAGUUAUUACUUUCGAUAAGGCUCACGAAGACGACGUUAUUGGUUUCGGCAUGUCUAGUAAUGGUAAAUUUUUGAUGUCCUGCUCAUCUAAGACAGAUUUGAUCAUUUGGGAUCUUAAAGGACAACAAUUAGACAGGCUCGAUACGUAUCUAAUGAAUACACACACUGCUAAAAUAUCGCCGUGCGGUCGGUUUGUUGUCGCUACGGGUUUCUCGCCAGACGUCAAAGUGAUGGAGGUCUGUUUCACUAGGACCGGCGAGUACAAACAAGUAUCAAAAGCAUAUGAAUUGACGGGGCAUACAUCAGGCGUGUACGACGUCGCUUUCGCAGUAGACACAUCGCAUAUUGCAACUAUAUCGAAGGACGGCACGUGGAAGCUAUACCACACGAGAAUCGAUUAUGUUCGCGGGGAGUCGCCACACGUGCUAGAAACAGGUACUUACACACAGACUGCAAAUCCGCCGAAAAUCGCGUUGUCGCCAAACGCAGAAGUUUUAGCGGUGUCGUGUGACGCUAAUGUAGAGUUUUACGACACGUAUACUGGCAAGCUCUAUGAUACAGUUGAGAAUGUUUACACAGGUUUGAUAAACUACAUGUGUUUCGAUCCGGCGAGCAAGUAUUUGUACGUUUGCGGCGACCGAGCAGUCAGAGUCCUUCACAAUGUAUGCGGGUUGUAUACUACCAUCAACAGCUGUACGAGGCUACUCGGCUCAAAGCAGACUUCCGCGACCGUGGAACGACUCAAUAACACCAUUAAAGACUGCAAGGCGACUCUUGCAAAGUUUGGCAAG